AUGAGUGCAUUGUCUGUAACAGCACCCGAUGUCAACACAGAAGUUACCAUCAUUUGCCCGCUAUCUGGUGUUGAAUACCCAGACUGGACUGGGCCAACAACAUUAGCUACCCCUUUAACGAGUGGGGAAAACAUAAGCGAGCCAGGUAUAGAGUGGGUUGAUAAAAAAGACUUAAAGAUAUUGAGUGCGCAGACGAAACACACUGGACAGUAUACAUGCUCCAAAGAUAAUAGCGAAGGGCUUCCAGAGCCUAUAAAUGUUUUAACUUAUGACGUGACAGUUACAUUCUUAAACGUAGAUGUAGAAGAAGGAACGGACACAGAACGUAUAAUAGGUGAGAUUGACAAACAAAUGACCGUCACAUGCCAAGUAAACGGAGGUAACCCAGCACCUAAUGUUACACUGGCCUAUGAUGAUGACGUCACAGCCCCGCCAGAAAUGAGCCCGCCAUUAGUAUCAGAAAUGAAGACUGAAGAAAACACAUACAGCGUUAACGCCACUGUGACGUUCAUUGCUAAUGGCUCCGUCGACUACAAACACAUAGCAUGUUCAGCUUCUUACCAGGAUAAAAACUCAACAGAUAAGAAAGUGCUUAUAUAUUUAAUCCGUCCACCAAAGCGUAGAGCGUUAACGGUAAUGAAAUAUCCUACAUUGUUGUCAGAUCUAAUGGAAGCAUUCUGUGACACAAUCAGCAGGCCUGAAACAAAAAUAGACUGGGUUAUAGAUGGUAAUAAUCCAAAAGAAUCUGAACUUGAUGUUGUAGAGGACUACCAAGGAUGUGCAUAUGACACAGCAGAUUAUAUAUUCACCUGCAAAUCAUUUAUAUCAAUUGAUAAUAUUACCAAAGAAGACAACGGAAAGGAGAUUAGCUGCGAGUUUAUCUUCACGGGUGAAACGUCAAACUCAACAGCAGUGACAAUCAAUCUACCGUUUCGUGCAACAAGCGUUACAAUUAUUGGCAGUAACACUGGAGUUGUUGACAGCGGUGGUAGCGUAACUCUGACCUUGACCUGUGCGACCGAUGCCGCGAAUCCCCCAGAAAGUCUACGUUGGUAUAUAGGAACUGAAAAACGUGAAGUAAUCAGUACAUAUCCUACUGUAGAAGUGGAUGAGAUGUAUAAUGGAAAGAAUGUAUCCCAGAAAAUCGACAUUGUGGCAAACAGGACGAUGGACGAUGAACAAGUUUCAUGUUGUGCAUAUGACAAUUUAUGCACUGAUAUUUUAUUAGAAAUACAGUAUCCACCCGAGCUGCUAGCACCACAGCUGUCCGAAUAUAGAGCGUAUGCUGGGGACAAUAUAUCCAUUCCAUGUAUAGCCGACAGUAGUCCAGCCGCACAUAUCGCCUGGUAUCGCAUGGAAGGUCUAACUUCUAUUCAUAUCAGCAAUAAUACAGACGACCCAUCUAAUGUCUUCUUUCUUCAGAUAGUGAACAUCUCAGAUAUGGAUGCUACGAGUUAUAUAUGCAAAGCUUGGAGCCAACCACAAGAUGUGAGUAAAGCAGUGUCUAAGUCAACCAAGCUUACUGUUUUUGAUCAGCCAGCCGAACCAGUUGUAGAAACAACAGCUGAUGCCGAAAAAUAUUACAUUGAAAUUAAAACCAGUGCAUCCGCCCCUGAUGUGCCUCGUAAAUUUUUCAUCCAGUAUCGAAAAAUAGGAGAGAUAUCCUGGCGAGAAGUUGAUACUGGUUAUGAUGAUACCCUUCCUGGACAGCAAUCAACUACACACAGAUACGGCUUCAAGAAAAGCGACCUUGACCCUGACAGUGAAUAUGAAUUCAGGGUGAAGUCGGUAGAUGAUUAUGGAUUGGUUUCAUAUUCAACGAAGUCUUUCAUUCGGACAGAGGAAGAGGUUGUUUCGCAAGAAGAUGACAUGGUUAGCAUGAAAAAGUACAGAAAUGCGAUCAUUAUUUCUGUGUUUGCAACCGCUGCAGUGUUCCUGGUUAUUCUCGUCGUUAUAACAUGUGCCCUCAAAAAUGGAAAAUGUGCGAGUUCGAAUAAUAACUCGUAUGUCAUGUGAACGGAUGAACAAAUUCUGAAAUUGGAAAAAUAGUAGAUAUAACAAUGGAAUAAACGCAAACUAUUGCUAAAGAGCAACUAUUUUACUGGGAUAAUAUUGAGUUUUCAAAAGAUUAGUGUAAUUGUGCAAUAUUUGUUUAUCAUCACGCAUAGGAAAUAGACUUUUGUGUAUUUGUUACUUUGUUGAAGAUAAAGUGAAAACUUGGUAUAAAAGUCAACAAUUUUAGUCCAACGUCUGAUUUCCCUGGACAGUAUAAAUAAUGUAUUUUAGUCGAUUUUGAAAAGAACCUGAAUGAUUUAGAUCCUAACUCAACAAGUAGCCAUGUUAACAAAUGAAGUGUAGUUAUACAAGUAAUAAUCAAAACCGUUUCCAGUUGAUAUAAUAAGUUAUAGUCGUAUGAAAACAAAGCGGGUUAACAGUAAAGAUUAUUGCAAGGCUCAUUAAUGGCAGCAGAAUGUUUGCUUGAGGAACCUCAAUACAAGAAUAAAGCCCGUUUCCCUUGUACUUUUCAAAAUAUUGUCCUUGUUGUUUACAGUGUAUAAAACUGAAGACAAAUAAGACAUAAUAUUAAGUGACGCUUGAUUUUCCCGCAUUUAACAACAUAACAGGAUCAAAUAUGUUAUUUAAAUACUAUAAAAUAAAACAAAGUAAAAGUAGUUAAUCCAAAAACAUUAAAGGGUGAUAAUAAUAGGUUUCUCUUUUUCAAAUUCUUAUCAGGUAUUAUCGCAUUUUAAAAUGAAAUAGUAUAAUUAUGUAUGUAUAACUUCGUUCUUCUACAUUUUGCUAUUAAAGUCCAGUUGUACCGAGGCAAGAGAAUGUAUUUUACUGCCCUACAUCCUCGACAUAAAAACUACAUCAUCUGAACACCCAAAUCUUGAUAGAUUAGCUAAUACCUCUGUAAUAUGACAUAGCACACUGGUGAAUAAUUUCAUGACUUGCGAGUACCGAUUCAGAAGUUGUUCUCAGUUACCUGUUAUCAAACAUGACAAAACGUCAUGAACAACGACAACAAAUGUUUUCGAAGUAAAAGCUAAAACUAGUCAAACUUCUUGCAAUUGUUGUAAAGUUGGAUUUUUACAACAUAAUGUUACAUAAUACAUAGUUUCAGUAUUGCAUAAUAUAAUCCAACAAUCUAAUAUUUUAUCAUAAAUGUUUGUAUUUACAAAUAGUAUGGUAUUUUCAGUUUAGAAAGCACAGACAUUUAGCUAGUCUAUUAAGGGCAUUCAGCUAGUCUAUUAAAGACAGCUGAUUUAUCUAUAUUGAUCAUUCUUCAGUAUAUUCAUUUAUGAUACUUUACUGUUGUUUAUAUAUUUCAUAGUCAUCAGUACUUUCAGUGUAUCUUUAAUGUUAAAAACUGCAUUUAAUAUCAUUACAUAUUUUCAUUUUGUAUUUUCAUCAGCUAUUUUUAGUAAGACCAGUUAUGAAAGAACUUUGAGCUAUUUUUAGAUUAUAGACAAAGAGUUUACAUAAGCAUUGCCAAGGUCAUAGCUGAUAUGUAAGAUAAAUGUUGAAUGACUUAUCAGAAAAAUGCUGACCAAUCAGAAUGUACUUUACAUCCUUCAUGGUUGACUGCAUUCUGGAAGAGUUUACCUCAGUAGAAUUUCAGAGCCAUUUCCUCACACUGUAAGGAAUUUUUAGACUGACAACUUCUUAAAAACUCUCUUAGUGUUAAUUAAUUUUUAAUUUUGUAUUUAUUUUUGGCUACUUAUUUAACCUAAGAGUUUUACUAAAUUCAUUGUAACUUUUCUCUAAAUUUGUAAGUAAUUUUAUUUAAUUAAGUAACUUAAAUUCUAUUGUUUUAACAGCAAUUAUUUCUGAUUUUCAUCCUUAAAUACUUAAGUAUUUUAUUGGUAAUUAAUUUUUAUAGCUGAUACUUUUAGGCACAGAGUCAUAUAAGUACAGAGUCACAAAAUACAUUUAGAUACUUUAAUAAUACCAUUUUUUGAGAUAAUUAUUUACUUUCUGACAGGACUUUAAGAACUUCAUCUUUUUAUUCUCUAAGAUGAUAUGUCAUCUUUAUCAGUAUUUUUGGCAUUUUUCUAACUUGUAUAUUUGGAUGUAUUUGUAAAACAUUAGUUUAGAAAGAUAAGUAAAAAUUUGGUUGGUAUUCAAAUUUAUUCAGCAUUUGUGUUUUUAUUUUUCCUUUCAAAGUAAAGGGUGGUGUCAUCCUGACGUGUCAGUUAUUCUGACGUAAUAAUUUACUACUAGCAAACUGCUAUGCUAGAUCACUGCUUCCAAGCAAACUAUUAAACGAACAUAUAUAG